UGCAUGUUCCUCAGACCUGCAAGAACUUUCAAACCACACAAAUAAAAAUUAAAUAAAAAGAAGAAAAAGUCUUUCAGGUCUCAGCAAUGGAGAUGAAGAAGAUCGCUUGCGGUGUGAUUUUCGCUGCUGUUUCCAUGACCGCCGUCAUGGCUGUGGAGGAAGCCGCAGCUCCAGCACCAGGACCCGCAUCCGCCGCCUCGGCUGCAUUGCCGGCUCUUGGCUCUCUUGUUGGAGCUUCCCUUGUGUCCCUCUUCAGCUACUACAUGCACUAAGUUUACACCUUCAUUAUGUUAUAGUACUACUUAUGUCAUCUUUAUUCAUUUCCUACCUAUUUCCAUUUCACUUGUUUAUUAAUAGAACUGAGAAAGUAAAUCAAGAAUAAUAUUUCUCUUCAUUUUUUUGA